AUGGGGAAGAUUAUCUUCUACGAGGACAAGAACUUCUCCGGGCGCCAGCUCGAGUGCAGCGAUGACUGUUCGGACCUGAUGUGCCUCCUCAGCUGCUGCAACUCGGUCAGAGUGGAGAGCGGCUGCUUCAUGAUCUACGAGAAACCCAACUACUCCGGAAACCAGUACUACCUGAGGAGAGGGGAGUAUCCUGACUUCCACCACUGGAUGGGGGUCAGCGACGCCGUCAGCUCCUGUCGCCUCAUCCUCAUGGAGCCCGGCUCGUUCAACCUGCGCCUGUAUCAGCGGCUCGAGUUCGGAGGCCAGAUGAUGGACCUGGUGGACGACUGCCCCAGCGUCAUGGACCGCUUCCACACCAACGACAUCUUCUCCUGCAACGUCACCAACGGCAACUGGCUCUUCUACGAGCACCCAAACUACAGGGGCAGGAUGUACCUGAUUCGGCCCGGGGAGUACAAGAGGUUCAGCGAGUGGGGGGGCAGGAGCGCCAGGGUCGGUUCCAUCAGACGCAUCAUGGACUAUUGA